AUGGCUUCUGAUAGCUCUGACGAUGACAGGCCUCUGGCCAGGGGCACUCACAUGUCAGCUGCGACUAUAUCUGCUGCCGAAGAUCGCGAGAUGGACCGAACCGAUUCCAAGGCUCGCCCGCUUCCUCCGGGUGUUUCAGUUCGUAACGGCCCAGUCAUCGAGGACAAAAUGGAUAUCGAUUCCACGCCCAACGGGACUACCAAGCGCAAAUCUCGGAGCUCGGUUACCCAGGUGAAGAAGGAGGAGUCGGAUAGCGAUGAUGGCGCUCCUUUGGCCAAACGUCAAAAGUCUAAGCACAAGCAGCAGGAGAGCGACAGCGACGACGAGCCAAUCGCCAAAAAGAACGGCAAGUUGCCGCCGUCCAUCAAAGAAACGGAAACCCUCGAGUCGUCUGAUGAUGACCAGCCUUUGGGCACAAAACUUGCCCAGAGAAAGGCGAGCAUCGAGAAGGCUGCCGCCAAAGAGGCCAAAGCUCUUCGCGCUGCUGACAAGAAGAAGGCAGCUGCGAAAAAGGCCAUCAAAGAGGAGUCGGAUGAUGACGAACCUUUAGCCAAGCAACCAAAGAAGCAUCAGUCAAACGGUACUGGCUCCUCCGCGAAGAAGACAAAUGGCGUCAAGGUGAAGAAGGAGUCUGAAUCCGAUUCCGACGCGCCCAUCGCCAAGAAGGGAAAGAAAGUCGCGGCCCCUGCAAAGAAGGCUUCCGCAGCGUCCAAGUCUGCCAAGGUCAAGGAGGAGGAGAAGGAGGAGAAGUCAAACGAGAACAGCGAGGAGGAGGAGAGAGGAGGAGGAGUAUCGUUGCACAAUGGCGUCCUCUUCCCUCCGCCGUACGAGCCUCUUCCCUCACAUGUCAAGCUCUAUUAUGACGGCAAACCUGUCAACCUUCACGUCGAGGCUGAAGAGGUCGCAACCUUCUUCGGCUCUAUGCUCCAUGCGACACAGCAUGUCGAGAACCCCGUUUUCCAGAAGAACUUCUUUACUGACUUCAAGGAGGUUCUUGACAAGACGGGCGGCGCUAAGGACAUGGAUGGCAAUCCUGUUGACAUCAAAGAGUUCAAGAAGCUCGAUUUCACCAAGAUUUACGAACAUUUCCGGAGCAUCUCCGAGGCGAAGAAGAACCGUCCGGCCGCUGAAAAGAAGGCUGAGAAGGAAGCAAAGGCCAAGCUGGAGGCUCCGUACAUGUAUUGCAAAUGGGAUGGCCGGAAGGAGAAGGUGGGCAACUUCCGUGUUGAACCUCCGGGCCUCUUCCGUGGCCGUGGUGAACACCCCAAGACUGGCAAGGUCAAGAAGCGGGUCAUGCCCGAGCAGAUCACAAUCAACAUCGGCAAAGAUGCCAAGGUCCCGGAUCCGCCCCCGGGUCACAAGUGGAAGGCUGUCCAGCAUGAUAACAAGGCUACCUGGCUUGCUAUGUGGCAGGAAAACGUGAACGGCAAUUACAAGUACGUCAUGUUGGCUGCCAACAGCAGCAUCAAGGGCCAGUCAGAUUUCAAGAAGUUCGAGAAGGCCCGCGAGCUCAAGAAGCACAUCGACCGCAUCCGUGCCGACUACACCAGAGAUCUCAAGAGCGAAGUCAUGGCAGAGCGCCAACGUGCCACUGCCAUGUACCUCAUUGACAAGUUCGCGCUCAGAGCUGGUAACGAAAAGGACACAGAAAACGAGGCCGAAACAGUCGGUUGCUGCUCGCUGAAAUACGAACAUGUCACGCUCAAGGAGCCCAACACCGUCAUCUUUGACUUCCUCGGUAAAGACAGCAUUCGUUUCUACAAUGAGUUCCAGGUCGAUCGCCAAGUUUUCAAGAACUUGAAGAUGUUCAAGAAGCCGCCAAAAGAGCCGGGCGAUGAUAUUUUCGACAGGCUGACGACUACGCAGCUGAACAAGCACUUGUCGAGCUAUAUGCCUGGCCUCACGGCCAAGGUGUUCCGUACCUACAACGCCUCAUACACCAUGUCGAGGCUUCUCAAGGGUCUCAAGGCUGAUGGUCUGUCGAUGGCUGAGAAGGUCAAGCUCUACAACGAUUGCAAUCGCGAGGUGGCCAUCCUCUGCAACCACAAGCGCACUGUCGGCGCCAGCCACGAGGCGCAGAUGGAGAAACUCGGGGACCGUAUCAAGGGCCUGAAGUAUCAGAAGUGGCGGACCAAGAUGAUGAUGCUUGAGGUGGAUCCGAAGUUAAAGAAGAAAAAGGGUGCUGAGUACUUUGAGCGUGAGGCAGACCUGACCGACGAGUGGAUUCAAAACCACCAGAAGUUCCUCGUCGAGGAGCUUCGCACCAAGAUCCAAAAGAAGUUCGAAAAGGACAACGAGAAGCUUGCCGCCGACGGCGAGAAGCCACUCACGGAUAAGGACCUGAAAGAGCGCAUGAAGGCGGUAUCUGAGCUCGAGGCCAAGUUCAAGAAGGAGAACAAGACCGGAAAGGUUGAACCUGAGGGCAAGAAUCCCACUGUCGAGAAGCUGGAAGCUGCUAUCGUGAAGCUCGACGAGCGUAUCAAGACUCUCGAGCUACAGUCUGCUGAUCGUGAGGGCAACAAGGAGGUUGCUCUGGGCACUUCCAAGAUCAAUUACAUCGACCCUCGUCUUACAGUUGUCUUCUCGAACAAGUUUAAGGUUCCGAUCGAGAAGUUCUUCUCAAAGACGCUGAGAGAGAAGUUCCGAUGGGCUAUUGAAUCCGUCGGUGACUCUACUGAUUGGGAGUUCUAA